UGUUGUCAUGUGACAGAGACCCCGCCCUGAGGCGGCGGGGGCGUUGAACGUCACUUCCGUCCAGGCGGGAACUCAAGAUGGCUGCGCUCUUGUUGAGACAUGUUGGCCGUCAUUGCCUCCGUGCCCACCUUAGUCCUCGGCUCUGUAUCAGAAAUGCUGUUCCUUUGGGAACCACAGCCAAGGAAGAGAUGGAGAGGUUCUGGAAUAAGAACACCGAUUUAAACCGUCCUCUGUCUCCCCAUAUCACCAUCUACAGCUGGUCUCUUCCCAUGGCAAUGUCCAUUUGCCACCGUGGUACUGGCAUGGCCUUGAGUGCAGGUGUCUCUCUCUUUGGCUUGUCGGCCCUGUUGAUCCCUGGGAACUUUGAGUCUCAUUUGGAGCUUGUGAAGUCCCUGUCUCUGGGGCCAUCUCUGAUCUACACGGCCAAGUUUGCACUUGUCUUCCCUCUCAUGUAUCACACCUGGAAUGGGAUCCGACACUUGGUAUGGGACCUAGGGAAAGGCCUGAAGAUUCCCCAGCUGUACCAGUCCGGAGUGGCUGUCUUGGUUCUUACUGUGUUGACCUCUGCAGGGCUGGCCGCCAUGUGAAGAGCCAAAGUUCCAGCGUUGUCUUCCCGUAAAUGAUUCACUGACCUGCCUUCCUGUUUGUCACUCUCAUCUCCAGCCAAGACAAAAUUCUCCUGAUUUAUUUAGACCCUCUGUGCUUGCACAUCCCCUUGGAGCUCAGUGGCCGUAGAGUUCCUCCUAGAAGCAGAGCAGUGGGAGAGGGUCCAGUUUCCUCCCUUGUUGCUAAAGAUGGAAUGACUCAAAACUUCCCUUUUCCUGCCCCCAGCGUGCAGCCUACUCUGGGCCUGGAAGCCGUCAUUCUCCCUCCGUCUUGGGCCUUGAUUUGUGCUGACAGAGUCAGCUCCUUCUUCCCAGGACAGUGGAAACAAUGCCAGCUCUGUGGCCUCUGCCAUGGGGACUGGGAGUGGGGCUUCGGGUGCCACUGCCUGUGGGUUGCUGGCUUAAAGGACAGUUCUGUUCAUUGGUCAGAGCCCGGGGUCUUCAGCACCCACACGGUGUGACUGAAAGGAGUGGGGGUGGGGAGGAGUCAGCCUGUCCCAGCUCAUGGGAGGUGAAGAGGGUCGGUUGACUCUUAAAGCAGGUGCUUUGGAGAGAAGAUAUAUAGCUUUUAAUGCAAAGGAAAGGUCCGGAAAACUACAAUGAACAUAUUAAGGGUUAUUUUUGCCCCCUACAUUUCUGGAAAAACAAGCCUCUUUUCUAAUCCAAAUUCAUGUGACAUCUGUUUCCGAAACUGAAUUAAAAUACUCAUUUUGUCUUUGA